AUGUUGGAUUCAAAAAUAGAAAAUUGGGGAUUUUUGAAUACAAGUCAACCAACUUCUUCGUCUCCGAAAUCAACACCUCCAAUUAGAACAUUGUUUGUGAAGGAUUGGAUUACCACUGGCCGUGAAAUUGGGACACACUUCAGUUGUGAGAAGAAUCGAUGCAAGGACGUUGUUGACAUUCUGAAGCAUUUGAGGGCGCAUUUUGAUGCUGUUGAAGCGGGAUCAACACUUGAGUAUUACUUCUCCGACAAAAUAAUUUAUGCCAUUACCAACGAGACAUGUCCGACUUUUACGACCGAGAUAGGAAACAGCGGCUUCUACAAACUUCAUUGUGGACACAGUGUUUGCCGAUUGUGCGUCAAUGUGAUGAUCAAGAAUGAAGAAAUGGAUAUUGUUCUUGGUGACUCGCGAAAAAUUCGGGAUUUCGACACUAUGAAGCUGGAGGAACUUGUGAUGAAAAUGAAAAAUGCUGUCAUCAACAACAGUCAUCUGAAUCUCAAGCCGUGCCCAACACCAGACUGUCUCGGAUUUAUUUCGGAAUCGAACGAAGCCAGCGAAGAGCCCAAACAAUGCAACAAUCGCGGCAUAAGGAAGACGCUGGUUCCAAAAAUUGUCCAAAUUAAAACCACUUGGCCAACAAAACGGACGACAUCAACCAACAUCGGAAUGAAUUCCCUCAAAGUUGUGAAAAUCGAGGUCUCAACCAAAAGGAAACCAGUUCAAAUCCCAGCAAGACGUUACCCAAUCACCAACGUGGGAUACACAGAGAAUCAAAAAAACCGACGUGUGAUGUCGGGAAGGACAUCAAGUUAUCCACCUCCGUCGAGUGUUCACACUCUGCAAAUCAAGCGUCAAAAGGAAACCAAAAUUUGGACACUCUGCGAACCGAGACAGCAAUGUGGAGUUUGCCAUACUACGGUGAGUUCAAAUACUAUCGGGUUUACUUACAUGUUAUUUCUUCUCAGAGAACCUCCCCACGGAUGGAAUAUUCCAAGACCGAGACCAGACCAAGAACAAUAUUUGGUGGAUAAAGAAGAGCAACCAGUGGGAGUAAAAGAAGAGAUAGAACCGGAUUGUGUACUCCCUUCAAGACUCGAUGAGUACUGUAUUCGUAUGAGCGAGCAUCCAUUAAUCUAUUGGUUCCAGUAG